GUCCCUUUAAAUCCACUCGUUUCCCUCCCUCCCCUUCGGAUCGCCCUUUCGCCCCCUUGAGGAUUCCGCCCGGUCCGUAUUCUAUUAUUGUUAUUUUAUUAUUAUUGGCAACCCCAAACACCCUUUGUCUUAUCUGCCGACUUGUGCAACCCUCAGAUAAGAGCAUGCGGUCGUCAAGUUCCUGAAAGUUGAAAGAGACAUCCAACACCUUCUGCGCCGUCCAUCAUGUGGUCGACAACCCCCCGUUUCCUCCUCAGCCUCUACGGGCUGUUAUUGUUUGCCAUCGGCCUGGCUCGCGCCGAUGUCAAUUUCAUGAGUGUGAGGCCCACGGUGGCCCAGGAUUACUCGGGGACAGGAGGGACCCCCGGGUCCAAGUAUUUCAAGGAGUCUAGCUUUCAUUACCAUUAUGAUGGACGCUUCGCCUCCAAAGUCCUACCCGAGGACAAGACCGUGCCAUACCUGUCGGAACUCAUCCGGACCUACCUGUCGACAAUGGAAGACCUCGGGGCGGAGACCUGGAUAAUGCACGGAACGCUGUUGGCGUGGUGGUGGAACCAGAAGAUCUUCCCAUGGGACAACGAUAUCGACGUGCAGAUCUCCGAGCCGACCAUCCAUUUCCUGGCCGAUUACUACAACAUGACGGAGCACCACUUCGACAUUCCCGGCGUGGAGGGCGGACGGACGUACCUGCUGGAAAUCAACCCCAACUACAUUGUCCGGUCCACCGACGACAAGCUGAACGUCAUUGACGCGCGAUGGAUCGAUACCUCGUCCGGGCUGUUCAUCGACAUCACGGCCGUGCGCAAGGACGACGACAGGCGGAAACACGGCGACGACGGCUCGUUGAUGUGCAAGGAUGGCCAUCGAUUCGAUGAAACCGAAAUCUUCCCGCUGCGUAACAGCUACUUCGAGGAUGUCCCCGUCAAGAUCCCCUUCGAAUAUGUCCGUCUGCUCAAGAAGGAGUACGGCUCCAAGUCCAUGACCGCCAGCGUCUUCCAAGGCCAUCACUUCAACCAAAUCACUCAAGUAUGGGACAAGCUCAAGAACGGCUCGGACAUUGUGCCUGGCCCGCUCUUCGCCCACGACUCUCAUGUGUCCUCCCACGCCUCGCAGGACAGCCUGCGCAGCUGCAUCACCUGUCGUCGGAGAAAAGUCCGCUGCAACAAGAAGACCCCCUGCUCGAAUUGCGUCAAGGCCGGCAUCCAGUGCAUCUUCCCCCCGCCCGGACGAGCGCCCCGCAAAUCCAAACGGCCUCAGGAUGCCGAACUCCUGUCCCGACUACGCCGCCUCGAGGGCGUCAUCGAACACCUCAGCGAGAAAAAGGGCAGCGGUGCCGCUUCGCCCUCCGAAACGCCCUCCCCAAACCUACCACAGCGCAGCGAGAAUGCUCCGCCCGUCGAACUUCCUGUCAUCCCCGCCGAUGCUGGGCCCGAGGGCUGCCCGCUUGGCAUGGAUCCCGCCAAGUUGGAUCCCGCAAAGCUAGGCAGGCGAAGCAUGGAACAUGAGUUUGGUAGGCUGGUCAUCGAUGAAGGUCGGAGCCGUUAUAUCGAGGAGCUGCAGGAUAUUCUGGAUCCAUCGUCGUCCGAGGACGAAGAUUACCCCUCCCCCGAGUCGUCUUCAAGCCAUUCAAACCAUGACGGGUUCUUGUUUGGGUUCUAUUCCCUUUCGCACUCGCUACACGAGUUUCUGCCGCCGAAAUCGAAAAUCCCGCUGCUAUGGAAUACUUGGCUGGAAAAUGUGGCUCCCUUGACUCCCAUUGUCCAUAAAGCGACGGCCAGGCAACUGUUUCUUACUGCUGCCCAAGACCCGAAUAGCCUGGACAAGAACACCGAGGCAUUGUUCCUUGCGGUGUGUUUGGUGUCGAUUAUCAGUAUGUCCACGGAACAGUGUGUGAUCCAAUUUGGCGAAGAGCGGGAUGCCGCUGUGAAGCGCUACCGUUUCGCUGUUGAGCAAGCCUUUGCCAAGGCGAAUCUCCUCAACACCCAGAGUUUGACGCUUCUGCAAGCAGUCGUCAUCUUCUUGAUCGGUAUUCGCCGGGAGGACGACACCAAAUUCGUGUGGUCUAUGACCGCGCUUGUCCUUCGCCUCGCGCAGGGACUGGGCCUUCACCGCGAUGGCAUGAACUUUGGGCUGAAGCCGUUUGAAACAGAGAUGCGCCGACGACUGUGGUGGCACAUCUGUCUGUUGGAUAUUCGGGCGGCAGAGGAUCACGGGAGUGACGCUCAGAUCCAUGAACGGUUGUAUGAUACUCGACUUCCGUUGAACAUCAACGACGACGACAUCACGCCGGACAUGACAGAGCCUCCCACAGAGCAUGUCGGCUGGACAGAGAUGACCUUCUGUCUGAUUCGGUGCGAUAUCACUGUUGCCGUGCGCCGGGUGAGCUACGCCUGCCCGAACGGCCAUUUCGCUGCAAGUAUCCGACAGAUCAACCCCGACAACUGCGGCCAGCUGAUCCGGUCCAUCAACAACCGCAUCGAGGAUCGAUACAUCAAGCACUGUGAUAUGAACAUCCCCAUCCAAUGGGUCUGCGCAACCAUUGGCCGCCUGAUCCUGACAAAGCUUUGGCUCGUCGUUCACCACCCGAUGACCCGGCCUGAGCGCGGACUCAACAUCAGCCACGCCAACCGCGAGAGCCUAUUCGCCACAUCCGUCGAAGUCGCCGAGUUCCAACGCCUCAUGGGCGCGGACCAUAACACCUACAAAUGGAGCUGGCUAUUUGCCACGAACAUGCAAUGGCACGCCAUCGCCUACAUCCUCUCUGAGCUCUGCGUCCGCCCACUCAGCCCCUUGACAGACCGGGCCUGGACCUCCGUCAGCACCCUAUACGGGGACUGGAUGCGAAACAGCAAACAGCGAAAGGGCAUGCUCUGGCGUCCUCUCUCCCGCCUCAUGAAGCGAGCGACCGCCUUCCGAGCCAGACAGGAAGAGAUGCGCGCGCAAAUGAGCGCCAAUCCCCGCCCAGCCAGUGACAUUACCCUCGCCGAUGGCGCCGCCCCUGUCAUCAUGCAGCCCCCACUCCUCCCCCUCCCCCGAGCCCUCGACUUCCAAUCCUUCCCAGAAUCAGAACCAGAGCCACCCACCACUACCACCAAUAUGCCUGAUAUCACCACCACCACCACCACCACCAACGGCCUAGACAUCGACAUCCGCCAAGGUCCAGUCGACCUCAUCAACGAAAUCUUCCCCGAUACCGACUGGCUCAACCCCCAAACUGCCGCUAAUCUACACCUCCCGACAGGCUUAGGUCCGUCGAUAGACACCUCCGGACAACCGACAGGACCACCAGGCCCACAAGGCGAAAUACCGAACCCGAACCUCAAUUGGGAGGAAUGGGACCAGGUCAUGAGUGAUUUCCAGAUGGACCUGGGAGGGUCGAAUUCGGUCAAUCCCUUUGGGAAUGUCUUGGAUUGGCUUGCUUGAGCAAUUGCAGUUGAAGUUGUUGCGGUUACAUUUGUGGUUGUGGAUGUAAAUGUGGAUGUGGAUCUGGAUGUGGGUAUUUUUUCGUUUUUUGUUUUUAUGUGAUACCUCGAGAUAAAAAUGCGGCGGCCCUGGUGGCCAGUCAAUAUGUGCAUGCGGGACCGGGACGGUCAGAUGGAUGUUCUGGUUUCGCGUUUGAUCUAAUUUUUUUUUCUCUCUCUCUCCUCUCUGUAUGAGCAGCAGAAGCAGCAGAACUCUCCAUUCUAUGAUAAUGAAAUAAAAUAGAUUAAUAAAAC